CUGCCAAAAGGGGGGGAAAAAUCAAGAGCUGCGCUUUUAAACGAAGUUGCCCUUGCUGGUGUUCAGGGUAAAAAUAGAGGCGGUCGCUUGGACCAGCUUGGCCCUGAGUCCAGGCGUCCCGCGAGCCGGGCUGGAGCUGCGCAUUCGGGAGUGAUCCCUGGAAACUGCCAGCAGGUGCUGCUCAAGUGCCAAUACCAUGAAGAGGAACUCAGACAGCUCUGACCUCAUGAGACAAGAGCCGGCUGACAAAACAGAAGGGACCCGAAAGAGAAUUUGCUGAAGAGGAGAAGAAAAAAAAAGUCCAAAAAAACCUGUGCGCGAGGGGUGGGGAGGAAAAGCAGGGCCUUUAAAGAAGGCAACCACACGACUUUUGCUGCCAGGAUGCCCUUGCUUUGGCUGAGAGGAUUUCUGUUGGCAAGUUGCUGGAUUAUAGUGAGGAGUUCCCCCACCCCAGGAUCCGAGGGGCACGGCGCAGCCCCGGACUGCCCGUCCUGUGCGCUGGCCACCCUUCCGAAGGAUGGACCUAACUCUCAGCCAGAGAUGGUAGAGGCUGUCAAGAAGCAUAUCUUAAACAUGCUGCACUUGAAGAAGAGACCUGAUGUCACCCAGCCGGUGCCCAAGGCAGCACUUCUCAACGCGAUCAGAAAGCUUCAUGUGGGCAAAGUAGGGGAGAACGGGUAUGUGGAGAUAGAGGACGACAUUGGCAGGAGGGCGGAAAUGAAUGAACUAAUGGAGCAGACCUCGGAGAUCAUCACCUUUGCCGAGUCAGGCACAGCCAGGAAGACACUGCACUUUGAGAUUUCCAAGGAAGGCAGUGACCUGUCGGUAGUGGAGCGCGCAGAAGUCUGGCUCUUCCUGAAAGUCCCCAAGGCCAACAGGACCAGAACAAAAGUCACCAUCCGUCUAUUUCAGCAGCAGAAGCACCCGCAGGGCAGCUUGGACAUGGGGGAUGAGGCCGAGGAAAUGGGCUUAAAGGGGGAGAGGAGUGAACUGUUGCUAUCAGAAAAAGUGGUUGAUGCUCGGAAAAGUACCUGGCACAUCUUUCCAGUGUCUAGCAGCAUCCAGCGCCUGCUGGACCAGGGAAAGAGCUCCCUGGAUGUGAGGAUUGCUUGCGAGCAGUGCCAGGAGAGCGGUGCCAGCCUAGUGCUCCUGGGCAAGAAGAAGAAGAAAGAGGUGGAUGGAGAUGGGAAGAAGAAAGACGGAAGUGACGGAGGGCUGGAAGAGGAAAAGGAACAGUCACACAGACCUUUCCUCAUGUUGCAGGCUAGGCAGUCUGAAGACCAUCCUCACCGCAGGCGUAGGCGGGGCUUGGAGUGCGAUGGCAAGGUCAACAUUUGUUGUAAGAAGCAGUUCUUUGUCAGCUUCAAGGACAUUGGCUGGAAUGACUGGAUCAUUGCUCCCUCUGGCUAUCAUGCCAACUAUUGUGAGGGUGAGUGCCCAAGCCACAUAGCAGGCACCUCUGGGUCCUCGCUCUCCUUCCAUUCAACAGUCAUUAACCACUACCGCAUGAGGGGUCACAGCCCCUUUGCCAACCUUAAGUCAUGCUGUGUGCCCACCAAGCUGAGACCCAUGUCCAUGCUGUAUUAUGAUGAUGGUCAAAACAUCAUCAAAAAGGACAUUCAGAACAUGAUUGUGGAGGAGUGUGGUUGCUCCUAGAGUUGUCAGGUCCCAGAGCAAGUGGAUCUAGAGAGUCCAGAGAAGACAGUGGCAAAAUGAAGAAAAAAAUAUAAGAUUUCUGAACUAAACAAAACAACCAGAAAAAUAGAAAUAAUAAUAAUAAUAAAAAAACCCACAAAAAAACAAAACAAAAACUAAACUGUAAACAAGACCUAAUGAAACAGAUGAAGGAAGAUGUGGAAAAAUAUCCUAAGGCAGGGCUCAGAGAUGAAGCAGUGAAGGAGACAGGGAUGGGGGGAGAAGAGAGAAUAGUGUACCCUUCAUUUCUUCCAAAACCAAACUGAUUGCAUCAGUUUUAUCCUAACUGGGUAUUGUCCUCUCUCCUGCCUCUUGCGGUUCCCUUGUGAGCCUGGAAGUCUACUUGUCUAUUCUGCAGUAAUGUGGGUUAGCACAACCCAAAUAAUGUCUGGAAAGCCAUGAGUUUUAAAGGGCCAGUCCCACCCAGUUACCCAGGUCAUAAGUAUGUCUAUGUGACACUAUCUCUGUGUAUUUCAGCAUACACACACACACACACACACACACACACACACACACACACACACGUACGCACACACAAACACAGAGGUGUUUCCACACACCACAUGCAUACACAUACCGGUAAAAGAACAAUUCUGUGCAGGUGGUUGCAUUUUCUUUUCUGUACCACUUUUGCCACCAGACAAAACCAACAUAAAACAUUGAGAACAGGAGUGGAAAGAGUGAAAGACCAAGGGAAAAAGAAUAAGAAUACCAAGUUACAUUUCGUUAAGGUGCUUAUGAUCUUAGAACUAUGCAACCUAAUAGGUUUGAAACUGUUUACCUGAAAGAGGACAAAAAGAGAGACUUUUUUGUAUUGGAAGUAACCUGAUUAAUUUUUAUUUUCUUCAAGGAGAGAUACUUGAAAGGAAUAUGUUUGUCCAUCUGUUGGAUUCAAACAUUUCUAUAUUUUGUAAAUGUUGUUUUUUUAUCGUUUACUAUUUGCACUACAAUGGUGUUUGACCUGUCUAAUCCUUAUUUAACAAGUAUUUUCUUUGGGUGGGGGUGGGGGUGGGGCUUAAGAGCUGCACUUCAUGUGAGCUAUAAAAGAACUGCUACAGCACACAAAAUAGCUAUUUUUAUUAUUAUAAUUAUAAUUAUUAUUAUUAUUUUGUACCUUAAAAAUAGAUACAUACACCAAAGACAUUUGUGUGAGCCUUUAAACAGUCUGUCCGUGGUUGGUAUUGUUCACCAUCAAGGAGUCAGGGGUACAGAUUUAAGGUUGAGUUAGGAGGAUUGUGUUCAGGCUUAAAAGACCUGAGAGGUUUGGGUUUUGACUCUUUUACAUCCAUGAAACAGGACAUUUCAUACUGGAUGUACAGUAGUGUACACUGUUGGAUUAUCAAGUUCAAAUUCAUGAGACUACAUGCUUGUAUGUGUAUAUAUACAUUGCUUGUGCAUAUGCAUACCUGUGUGUAUAUAUACAUGUAUUGUAUCAUGUCCAUACACAUUUUAAGCACUUCGGGCUGUCGUUUUUAAAAUGUUCUUAAAACAAUGAAUGUUUGUGUGCAAAACACAGUAUUUUUUAAGAAGGAUAAGUGAUAGAUUUCUUUUCUUGCUUUUACUCUGUAUUAUGUGGGUACAUUUCAAAUAUUAGGAUGGGAAAAGACUGAAAAUCCCAGUGAGUCUCCAGCCAGGCUCUCUUUAAAUGUACAGGAUGAAAUCCCCCCUCUUUCUCACCCCUGCUCCCUACAAGUUAUCCCCUGUGGGGAAAAAAAACCGGGAUGUUACUUAAAAAAUGGGCUGAUUUUUUUCAACUUAUAUUUAUUAUUUAUUGGAAUCAAUCUUAAAUCAGAAAAGUUUUUGGAAAAAAUCUUUAGGCUAGAAUAAUUUUUUUGAAUAGUGUUGUUACUACUUAAAUAAUAAAAUAAGCAGGAAAGUAUUUAAGACAGUGGGAGUUAAGGGAGAGAGCACUUAGGAGCCAGGAAGUAGGGUAGUUGUACACGUCUCUAAUAUUCUAUUUUACAGCCAAAAAUCUUGCUGUGUACAUUUGUAUUUUUCAGAGGCAAAACUGAAAAGAUUGUCUUAUAAAGAUCAAAAUAUACACCUAACCCAAGUUCCUAAUUUAGCCCAGUGUUGGCUUGUCUAAAACAGCUAUCAGUUAUGCAUUUACGUAUUUAAAAUACAGGGCCUUAUUUUUACUGACUUGUUUGAAGUUUGAAAAACUUUAUAAAAGUGAAAAACUCUAAUUGAAAAAAAAAACUAUAUUCCUCAGUAUUUUAUAAAAUAUUGAAGCUUUUAGCAUUAAGUCAGUCCAUAGAUUAAAGUCAUUGUAGGAAACUGAAAUACAAGGGAGAAAUUAAAUCUUACAAAAGCUGGUUUAACUCUUAAAAAAUAAACUAACUCAAUAUGUAUUAAAUAUACUGUCAAUAUACCUUAUCACAUUAGGCUGUAUGUAGGCAAACUACUUUAGUCUUGUUACUGGGCAAACAUAUUUACUGUGUUCCAGGGGCCCUCCCUGUCUUAUGCGGUAAACGCAUGUACUGCAUAAGAAAUGAAUUAUAAUUAGGGUCUAAUGACCUUGAAGAUCUCGAAUGUGGAGACAGAUGACAUGGUGAGGACACAUUGGAGGAAAGUAGAUGUCCAGGUUCAGCUUUGCCAAUUUCUAUGAAAAGCUUUUAGGGCCCUCUGGACUAUUUCUUUGGUACUGGAGGAAAUACUGGGGCCUGUAGAAAUAGUGGGCAGAGAUCUAACUGUGCCAUAUCAGAGCUGAGCUAGACCAUGGGAAGAGCAGGAUUUAUGAAACUACUAAUUAUAGUUCUCAUUCAUCUGAGAUGAAUCUGCAAUCUUCUUAAGCCCUUUAAAUUCUAGAUGUUUUGAGGGUAAGCUCGAGUUUAAUUAGUAACCAUAGUAAUUAAAACUAGAAAAAAAUGAAUUUCCACAGGACAGUGUAUUUACUGGAGAUCAAGUGACUUGGUUUGUCACAUAAACUUCAUCGGAGCUCAUUAAAUUUGUAUGGCCUUGCAAUAGAAUUUAAAUUGCUAAUAUUUUAACAAUAUUAGAUAUUAUUUUGCUAUAGUUAACAAUUUAGAAAACACAAAGUCUUGUGAACAACUGGUCUUUUUACAUAAGCACUUAAUCCAAAAUUUUAAAAGCCUUUAAUGCUUAAGAUCUUAGUUUCUUCUUGGUGUGCUUUCCCUAGUGUUAGAGUGGCUCUGUCUGGUCUCCCCGCUUUCUCUAGGAUAAUUCUUAAAUACCUACCCAUAUGAAUUCUAGAUGCUUUGAAGAGCAUUUGUAGUCAGUAUCUCUUUAAACAUCAAAUAUUUGUAAGCUUAAUUGAUACUUUUCCUUCCCAAAUAAGUCAAAUUUCAGCACAACGAUGGGGAUUUUCUUAUCCUAGAAGACCAGCCAAUUCCAUGUUCAUUUAAGAUUGAUUCCACGCUCCAUUCUCAAGGAGAGGCCUUGUGUUUUCUUUAAAGGCAGAAUAAGCAAAAUUGGGUGAUCUGCCAACUGAACUCAAGAAGUGGCUUUAUGAUUUCAGAACAAACAUGCCUCAGUUAUAGUAACAUGCAUUCAAAUGAUCGUGUCACUUGAAAAAUAUGAUUUCCUGUGGGCCUUUUGGCAUUUUCUCUUUUUAAUAUAGAGAAAAACGUAAUCACCCCAAAACCCACAUAAGUGAGACUUGUAGAUGUGGGCAGGAGGUUUGGGGAUGGACAUUGUAUGUGUUUAAAUUAAACCCUGUAUCACUGAGAAGCUAUUGGAUGGGUCAGAGAUAAUGAAUGCAUAGAUGCUGUCCACAUCUUCAAGAGCAAAAGCAAAUCACAUGUCUCAGCUAUGUUAUUAUUUAUUUUUAUGCAUAAAGUGAAUCAUUUCUUCUGUAUUAAUUUUCAAUGGGUUUUAUCCUCUAUUUAAAUGCUUUGAAAAACAGUGCAUUGACAAUGGUUGAUAUUUUUCUUUAAAAGAAAAAUAUAAUUAUGAAAGCCAAGAUAAUCUGAAAUCUGUUUUGUUCUAAAACUUUUUAUGUUAUGUGGUUGAUGUUGUUCGUUUGUUUUUUAUUUUUAUUUUGUGAGUUCCUUUGCAUAUUACAUGCAAUUCUUUAACCAAUGUCUGUUUGGCUAAUGUAAUUAAAGUUGUUAAUUUAUAUGAGUACAUUUCAACUAUGUCAAUGGUUUCUUAAUAUUUAUUUUGUAGAAGUGCUGGUAAUUUUUUAUUUACAAUAUGUUUAAAGAGAUAACAGUUGGAUAUGUUUUCAUGUGUUUAUAGCAGAAGUUAUUUAUUUCUAUUCCAUUCCAGCGGAUAUUCUGGUGUUUGCGAGGCAUGCAGUCAAUACUUUGUACAGUUAGUAGGCAGUAUUCAGCAAUGCCCGAUAGCUUCUUUGGCCUUAUGUUAAAUAAAAAGACCUGUUUGGGAUGUA